CACUCUCUCUCACACACACACUCACUAGUUUCAGGGAAAUCCAAGAAAGGUGGAGACUUCGGGAUAACUUCCUGCAACUGUAACACGUAAAGCUGAGAGACGCGGGGACUCGGGCUCAGGAAAACCGCCGCCAAGUCGACGUGAAGGCGCACAAACCGAAUGGAUUUAUUGGAUGAUUAGUACAUUAUAAUAAUAUAAUAAUAAAAACAAUUGUAAGAGGUUCACGGCAUACAGCUGAGCUAAGACACACACACCGCUAGCAUCCGAGUGACUAGCUAACGUCGGCUAGAGGACGUGAAGGCGCAGUACAGGAGGGCAGCAUGGUUGAAGUGGUGGUGGAGUUCGAGUAUGAAGCAGUACACCAAGAUGAACUGACCCUUCGACUAGGCGAUGUAAUCAAGAACGUGCGACGAAUAGAGGAAGAAGGAUGGAUGGAAGGUGACCUAAAUGGACGAAGAGGCCUUUUCCCAGACAACUUCGUCAAGGAGCUGAAAAAAGAACCGAAAGAGGAGGUAAAGGAAGCAAAGGAGGCAAAGGAAACGAAAGAUGCGAAGGAAACGAAGGAGGUGAAGGAGAACGCACAGCCAAUGAGAAGGUCCUCAGGGAAUGUGGCCAGUCUGGUGCAAAGAAUCAGCACUUAUGGCAUUCCAGCAGGAGGUCUGGGCUACCAGCCUCGAGCAUCCAAAAAGAAACUGAAAAAACGCCAGUGCAAAGUCCUGUUCGAAUAUGUGCCGCAGAACGAGGACGAGCUGGAACUGAAGGUUGGCGAUAUCAUCAACAUUGUGGAGGAGGUGGAGGAAGGUUGGUGGAGUGGCACCAUGAACGGGAAGACUGGUCUCUUCCCCUCGAACUUUGUGAAAGAAAUCGAAGUGAGCGAGGACGGCGAGAGCAACGAUGUUCCCGACGAGCCAGAUGACGUCACCAGUCCAACUUCCCCAUACCCUGGAAAUGGGGUCAUUGCACAGCCGAAAAAGAUCAAAGGGGUUGGGUUCGGCAACAUUUUCCGCGAAGGCUCGGUGAAGCUUAAACCUCGCCUUUCGUCCGAUUCAGAGGAGAAGAAAGAAAAACCUGUGCCGUCAGUGCCGUCAGCCACUAAGCCCAGGUCCUUACACACAGCAGAUGCUCACAAAAUGGAGAAAGAUGGAGAGGGUAAAGUAAAGGAAUACUGCAAGGCCACGUAUAAUUAUGAAGCUACAAACCAAGAUGAGCUCGACAUAAAGGAAGGUGAACUUAUUCACCUACUAAGCAAGGACACAGGGGAGACAGGCUGGUGGCGAGGAGAGCUGAAUGGCAAAGAGGGAGUCUUUCCUGACAACUUUGUGGUGCUGAUUUCAGAGUCAGAAAAAGAGACUCUUUUAUCCAAAGGCUCCAUUAAGCAGACUUCCAAACAAGAACCAGAAGAGAAGCCAAAGAAGCCGCCGCCACCAUCCAAAACUGCAGCACUGAAGCCAGAGGUCCCGAGUGCUGACAAGAAACCUACACAGCUACGAGCUGAGGAUAAGGUUGACAAGGCUCUGCCAGACAAACCUGCCAAGCCAGCUCCAAUUGUGCCGCCGAAAAAGCCUGUUCCUCCUGGAAAAGGCCUGCUGCGUCCAGUAGCACUGCAGCCGAAGCGACCUGAAAAACCUCUUGCUCCAUCACCAGUAGCUAAGCAUAAUGGGGAGGUGCCACAAACACGUCCAAAGUCAGACUACGAGCCAUCAGUACCCCUCAAAACAAAAACCAUGUCUGGGGACUGGACUGAGAAAACCGCCAACGUGGAGCUUAUAAGUUUUGAUGAUGUGUCAUCUACCUCGGAAAAGUUGUCUCACCCGACUGCAAACAGACCAAAGAUGCCUGGCAGGCGACUUCCAGCCCACUUCAGCGCUGGCCCGUCUACAAAUAAAGAAACCAGCGAGAAAGCUCCAAAAGCAGAAGAAGAAGAAGCUCCGAGACCAAAGUCUUCUGAAGUUUGCAAGGCUUCGCUCUCAGCACCAUCCCCCACUGUGCACAAGGUGGCGAAUGUCUCCACUCCCGAGUCGAAAGUGAAAACAGACGUUGAGGAGGACAAAGGCAACGAAGUGGAAGAGCUCAAGGCUCAGAUUAAGGAGCUGCUGCUCUCUGUAGAGUUACUGAAGACCCAGCAGAUGAGAGAGCUAUCUGACUUCAGAACUGAGCUGGAUGAAGAGCGGUUGAAACGGGUGGCUUUGCAGCUGGAGAUAGAGAAAUUAAAAAAGCAGGUACAAUCAACAUAAGGUGGGACUCGUGUGCUGCUGAAACGAAGCCGUGACGACUCGGUGCACGUCCGGGUGCGGCAGAUAUCAUUCUCUCGAUCCUUAGAGUCUCCGACCUUUUCCAAAAAUUGUAAGAUUGACAUUUGCACAUAAUGAGCGUUUUUUUUUUUUUUUUUUUUUUUUUUUAAUGGUAUAGAACGGUGUAAUUAAGACUGAUGUAUAUGUUUUUUUUGUUAGUCUUUUUCCUUUGCUGUCUAUUUCUCUUUUUCUUUUUUGUUUUGUCAACAAAUUGUGGCCUUAUUCUAUACUACUGUGCUGGAUAUAUGCAGGCUCCACUUUCACGUGGGCGGAUUUGCAAUUUAAUACUACUGAAGCUGUAUAAAGUCAUGGACGGGAUUGAUUUGUUUUCGUCUUUUUAUGUCAUGGGGUGGAUCAUGUUCUAUCACGAAUAGCAGCAAUAAUCUUUCCAUGUUAGCUUGUUUGGAUUACUCCGGAACAUAUAACCGACUCGGCUGCUGUAGUGCUCGUUGCUUUCUUUUCAUCUCUUAGCCUUUUUUCUUUUUUUAUUAUUAUUUUAGUUUUUUCCUCCAGGGUGACACUAUUGUGCCUGUUUUACAAGUGUUAAUAUGGGAAACUCGUUUAAUUCUUAGCUUUGCAGCAAAAUAUAAAUAUAUAUAUAUUUUUAUCAGCCGUCGCAAAGAUUGGGAAUACACAUACGUGAAUAUACACAGGUAGGGAACGGAAGAAAAAAAAAAACAGAAGACAUUUUUCCUGUUUCUAAAUCCCCAAACGCUGCGCAUGUCCCUGCGUCUGCCUCUCUGUGAGGAUGUACGGAUGAAAAAAGUUUGGCGAGAUUUACAUAUACGGAUAUAUUUCUGUAAUGAAUCCUAUAUUUGUCAUGAGAUUGAAUGUUGUCCUUUGUUCGAGUACACUAGAAGUGUACCCUCUCUUCAGGCUUUUUUUUCCUCCUGGGAGAAAGGGUUGGAAGUAUUCCACAUCAGGGAGUGUGUGUGUGUGUGUGUGUGUGAUUUUAAUCCCUAUAGCAAUAAAUAAAUCUAUACAAUGUCUUAAAAAAUGUCUUUACAAUGUUCAGUUAAAUGAAAUAUAUUUUGCUGUAAAUUUUUUCCCCCAAUUAAAAUUCUCUGAAAUGUAAUCAACAUUCCAUUUCUAUUAAAAACACCCGAGGCAGGAUGUUGUGCAGACAUGCAGCACAACAUCUCCAAGUGAACCUGUUUACAUGAUUUUUGUACCUGAAUUAGCAUGAACUGUUUUUUUUUUUUUUGUUCACCCCUCAAGCUAAAUAAAUGUCUUUAUGUAUAGAAGUUA